CCCGGCCGACAGCUCCACCACCAUGGAGGACAUGAACGAGUACAGCAACAUAGAGGAGUUCGCAGAGGGAUCCAAGAUCAACGCGAGCAAGAACCAGCAGGAUGACGGUAAAAUGUUCAUUGGAGGCUUGAGCUGGGAUACAAGCAAGAAAGAUCUGACUGAGUAUUUGUCCCGGUUUGGGGAAGUGGUGGACUGUACGAUUAAGACCGACCCGGUGACUGGAAGAUCGAGAGGAUUCGGAUUCGUGCUUUUCAAAGACGCUGCUAGUGUCGACAAGGUGUUGGAACUGAAAGAACACAAACUGGAUGGCAAAUUGAUAGACCCCAAAAGGGCCAAAGCUUUACAAGGGAAAGAACCGCCCAAAAAGGUGUUUGUGGGUGGAUUGAGCCCAGAUACUUCGGAAGAACAAAUUAAAGAAUAUUUUGGAGCCUUUGGAGAGAUUGAAAAUAUCGAACUUCCCAUGGAUACAAAAACAAAUGAAAGAAGAGGAUUUUGUUUUAUCACAUAUACAGAUGAAGAGCCAGUAAAGAAAUUAUUAGAAAGCAGAUAUCAUCAAAUCGGUUCUGGGAAGUGUGAAAUCAAAGUUGCACAACCCAAAGAGGUAUACAGGCAGCAACAACAGCAACAAAAAGGAGGAAGAGGUGCUGCAGCUGGUGGACGAGGUGGCACUAGGGGUCGUGGACGAGGUCAGGGCCAAAACUGGAACCAAGGAUUUAAUAACUAUUAUGAUCAAGGAUAUGGAAAUUACAAUAGUGCCGAUGGUGGUGAUCAAAACUAUAGUGGCUAUGGCGGCUAUGAUUGUACUGGGUAUAACUAUGGGAACUAUGGAUAUGGACAGGGAUAUGCAGACUACAGUGGCCAACAGAGCACUUACGGCAAGGCAUCUCGAGGGGGUGGCAAUCACCAAAACAAUUACCAGCCAUACUAAAGGAGGACAUUGGAGAAAACAGGAGGAAAUUGCUCAAGUUAACCCAUCUUGCAGGACGACAUUGAAGAUUGGUCUUCUGUUGAUCUAAGAUGAUUAUUUUGUAAAAGACUUUCUAGUGUACAAGACACAACUGUGUCCAACUGUAUAUAGCCGCCAAUUAGUUUUCUUUGUUUUUACUUUGUCUUUUGCUAUCUGUGUUAUGACUCGAUGUGGAUUUGUGUUUAUACAAAUUUUAUUUGUAUGAUUUCAUGUUAAACCUCAAAUAAAUGCUUCCUUAUGUGAAAAAAAAAA